ACGCGCGCCCCGCCGCCGCUGGGAGACGCGGCUUGUCAACGCGCUGCGCUCUCUGCCCUCGUCGCCCGCCCCGCUGCGCCAUGGACGCCCCGAAGCAAGUGGUCAACUUCGGGCCCGGGCCCGCCAAGCUGCCGCGCUCGGUGUUACUGGAGUUGCAAAAAGAAUUACUAGACUACAAAGGAGUUGGUAUUAGCGUUCUCGAAAUGAGUCACAGGUCAUCAGAUUUUGGCAAGAUUAUUGGGAACACAGAGAAUCUGGUGCGAGAAUUGUUAGCUGUGCCAGACAACUACAAAGUGAUUUUUAUGCAAGGUGGUGGGUGUGGCCAGUUCACUGCUGUCCCCUUAAACCUGAUUGGCCUGAAAGCCAGAAGGUGUGCAGACUAUGUGGGAACAGGAUCAUGGUAGGCUAAGGCUGCAGAAGAAGCUAAGAAGUUUGGGACUGUGAAUGUCGUCCACCCUAAACUUGGGAGUUAUACCAAAAUUCCAGAUCCAGGCACUUGGACCCUCAACCCGGAAGCCUCCUAUGUGUAUUUCUGUGCAAAUGAGACCGUGCACGGUGUGGAGUUUGACUUCAUCCCUGAUGUCAAGGGAGCAGUAUUGGUCUGUGACAUGUCCUCCAAUUUCCUGUCCAAGCCUGUGGAUGUUUCCAAGUUUGGUGUGAUCUUUGCUGGUGCCCAGAAGAACGUCGGCUGUGCUGGGGUCACGGUGGUGAUCGUCCGAGACGACCUGCUGGGAUUUGCCCUCAGGGAGUGCCCCUCAGUCCUGGAGUACAAAGUGCAGGUUGCAAACAGCUCACUGUACAACACCCCUCCAUGUUUCAGCAUCUAUGUCAUGGGCCUGGUCUUGGAGUGGAUUAAGAACAAUGGCGGGGCAGCAAGCAUGGAGAAGCUCAGCUCCAUCAAAUCUAAGAUGAUUUAUGACAUUAUUGAUAAAUCUCAAGGAUUCUAUGUAUGUCCAGUGGAGCCACAGAACAGAAGCAGGAUGAACAUUUCCUUUCGCAUUGGCAGUGCCAAGGGAGAUGAUGCUCUGGAGAAAAGAUUCCUGGAUAAAGCACUCGAGCUCAAUAUGAUCUCCUUGAAAGGGCACAGGUCUGUGGGAGGCAUCCGGGUUUCUCUGUAUAAUGCCGUCACAGUUGAAGACGCUAAGAAGCUGGCUGCCUUCAUGGAAAAUUUUUUGGAAAUGCAUCAACUGUGAAUACAUCGUAACUCAUCUACACGCUGCUCUUGAGUGACAAAGUUUAGAGUAACUUGGGAAAUGGCUUCAUUAAUAUGAAAGACAUGAUAUUUUUUUUUUUCAAAUGAACAUGGUAAUGGUAAAUUCUUCAGUUUGCAAAGAUUAUGGCAAAACUGUCAAGAGUUCUGCAAAGCUGAUGAGAUUACCAGCUAAUGGCCACCUUACUCCUGAUUCAGACUGGAAGCAUUUUUUUAAAUCUUCCUGUUGCUUUUCUAACAAUCUCCAGUCUAAUUUUGUCUUUGCUGCUGCUUUUCUUAGGUAAAUAUUAGUAUUGUAACUUGCCUGGGACUUACUUGUGCCUGUGGCCAUUAUUUGUGGAGUCACGCAAGCAUAGCACCGGUUUGAGGUGGAGCUGUAACUCUGAAUCAAGACAGUGGUGGGGUCUGUUGGCUCCCGGGGUAAACGCUGAUGUUGACAGUGGCGAGGGUUCUGGAAUUCCCGGUGAA